AUGACUGUCCUCCAUUCUCAGUUUGUGAAGCAAGCGUCGUUUGAAGUGGAGUAUGCGCCCACCCACAUCACAAAAUGGAGGUCAUCACGAACGGGGCUUCAGUUGACCUAUAUCAACCAGCCUUCACCCAUGGUGAAUGGGUAUUUUGCCGUGGCGACGGAGAUCGAGGACAAUUCAGGGUGUCCUCAUACGCUUGAGCAUUUGAUAUUCAUGGGAUCGAAAAAAUUCCCGUACAAGGGGCUUCUUGACGCGUUGGGCAAUCGACUCUAUUCCCUGACAAAUGCCUGGACUGCCGUUGACCAGACGGUGUACACGUUGACCACUGCUGGAUGGGACGGGUUCAAGACGCUCUUGCCUAUAUAUUUGGAGCAUUUGUUCCAUCCGACGUUGACAGACGAGGCGUGUUUGACCGAAGUGUAUCAUGUCGACGGCAAGGGGAAGGAGAAGGGAGUGGUGUUUAGUGAGAUGCAGGGCAUUGAAAGCCAGCUGUGGUUUGUUUCGUUCAAGAGCAUGCAGGAAACGUUGUAUGCGCCCAAAUCGGGCUAUUCUUCAGAGACUGGCGGGUUGAUGGCAGAACUCCGUCAUUUGAAGAGUCUGCAGAUUAGAGAGUUUCACCAAUCGAUGUAUCGACCCGACAAUUUGUGUGUUGUGAUCACGGGGUCGAUUGACCAGGACGAGCUAUUGGAGAUUAUGACGGCAUUUGACAACGAGAUCCCUUCGUUGCCCGCGACGGCGCUGCGAGAGCGGCCUCGGCCGUUUGUAGACUCCAAGCAUGACGAGCCAUUGAAGGAAACUGUUUUGAAAGUGGUGGAGUUUCCGGAUAAGGAUGAGUCUACUGGUGAGUUGCUCAUGUCCUGGAUCGGGUGCAAGGGGGACAACGUAUUGAUCAACACCGCCGUGGAUAUGGUGGGUGCUUACUUUACGGAUAGCCCGAUCUCACUCUUUAACAAGCAUCUCGUUGAGGUUGAGGACUCAUAUGCUGCUGAAAUAGCUUACACUACAGACGAUUAUUAUAGAACUGCAUUAAAUUUCAGUUGCGGCGGUGUGCCGACUGAAAAAUUGGAGGAGUUGGCGACUAAGAUGAAGGAGUUGUUGCAGUUGCAAACUGAACCUGACAAUCUCAAUGUCUUGUACAUGAGACAGAUUAUCAACCAACAGAGGCUCAAGUUUAUCUCGCAAACUGAAAAGAGCCCAAGCUUGUUCUCAACUGUUGCCAUUCUGGAUUUCAUCUACGGUAAAGACGACGGAUCGGACUUGUCCAAGUGGUUGGAAAAUUUGAACGAGUACGAUACCUUGUUGACGUGGACGGCGCAGCAGUGGUGUGACGUUAUCAAGAAAUAUUUCGUUGACAACCACUCCGCCACGAUUAUAGCAAAGCCGUCGUCAAAAGUCAAUGAACUCCACAAGCAGAAAAACAAGGAGUUGAGAAGAUCAAUAAAAGAAAAACACGGAGAGGCGGGGUUGAAGAUCUUGGAAGAAAACUUGGAUGCAGCGCAAAAGUUCAACGAUCGGCCUAUCCCGGAAGAGAUCCUCGUUGCGUUUGAAAAACCAGACCCAUCCAAGAUUGCGUUCAUCAAGACAAACUCGUACAAGGCCGGGUUGACAAAGGGGAUAGUGGACUUGAACAGCAACCAGUACAUUGAGUCUGGCAGCGAGUUUUGCAAUGUGCUUCGAGAAGAUACACCUGCAGAUUUCCCACUAUUUAUGCAUUUUGAAAGCUUUAAAUCGCAAUUCACCACUAUACAACUCGUCAUGUCAUCGACCAGACUUCGCCCCGAAUUAUUGAAGUACAUGUCGGUGGUGGAGGAGAUUUUCUCCAUGUCUAUUCAAUUGCCAAAUGGUGGCAAGUACAUUCCAUUUGAGCAGGUUAUCGCCGACCUUAAUCGAGACUUGAUUGAAUUUCAAUUGGAUAACGGAUACGACUAUCAAUUUUUGGAGUUGAUUAGCAUGUCCGUGAAAUUUGAAACCAAAAACUACCAGCGGGCAAUCAACUGGCUUUACAACAUUACUCAUUUUGUCAAGUUUGAGAAAUCGAGGAUAAAAGUCAUUAUUGAAAAGAUUAUCAACUCGUUGCCUGACAAGAAAAGAAAUGGCGAGUUGAUGAUGUACUCGUCAGAAUUCAGGCAUUUAUUCACCGACCGGUCGUUGAGAAAAGCUCAGGAUGCAAUCAACACCGAGGACUUUUACAAGCAUCUACUCGAGGAGAUUGACAAUGACAAUUUCGAAAAGAUUGCUGCUGAUUUGGAAGAGAUUAAAACUUCGUUGUUCCUGACCGACAACAUCAAGAUCAUAAUCAUGGGAAAUACCGUUGAUUUGGAGAAUCCCGUUAGUAGUUGGAGCAACAAUUUCGCACAGCUGAAAACCCCAGAGGACAAAUUAUUCUCGGUGCAACCAUUUUGCGACCUUCCGCGCUCGUAUCAGUUCAAGUCUGAAUUGGGUCAGAAAUGCGCAUACGAGGCCUACCUCGUUGAUAUCCCCGCGACGGAGUCGACCCAUCUCAUUGCAGUGACAAAGAUCCCUACCGAUUACCUCGACGAGGACAUACCGCGAAUCUCGCUCGCCAUUGAGUUCCUUUGCGCCGUGGAAGGUCCCUUUUGGAGAGCCAUUCGAGGCACGGGACUCGCUUAUGGCGUCAGCAUGAAAAAAAGCCUUGAGAUGGGACACUUGACAUACACGAUUUACCGUGGUUCCGAUCCUAAACAGGCUUGGCUUAGCGGCAAGACGAUUGUCGAGCAGUAUGCUAGUGGAGAGCUUGAAAUCGAUCCGAUUCCGUUGGAGAGCGCCGUUGCUACAAUAGUUAACGAGCUUGCCAAUAGCCAAGAGUCGAGUUUUGAUGCUGCUAGUUUUAAAAUCUGCGACAAUUUGUUCAAGAGACGGGGUCCCAAUUACGUCGAGGUGUUUUUGAAGCAGUUGAAUCAAUUGACGGCAAAAGAUGUGAUUUACGUGUUGAACAAGUACUUUGUCAACUUGUUCAAGCCUGAGCAUUCUGUGUUGUUUACGAGUUUACCGCUGGAUGAGAUUGAAAAGAUGGGCGAUUUCUUCCAUCAAGUAGGGUACAAUAUCAAUGUCGAGAGUAUCAAAGGUGCAGAUGACGAUUGUGAAGGCAUGUCGGAGGACAAUUCUGAUGACGAUGAAGAAGAGGAAGAUGAUGAUGAUGAUGAAGAAGAUGAUGAAGAUGAUGAGGAAGAAGAAGAAGACGACGACGAAGAUGGUGAUGAUGAUGAUGAAUAA